AUGCGAGGCGGUCGCAACAAGUUUGGAUCCAUGUACAAAAGGGACCGCGCGAGGCGUAUGCAAGCGUAUCAGCGAUUGGGAAUGCCAAGCUAUUAUCCAAGCGGCUCUGUAUCAGCCACUUCGUCUGAGCAAUUGGUCAGCAGCACAUCUCCGCCGAAUGAUCCUGGAUUGCCGUUUACGGACUCGACUAAUGCGGAAGCAAUUUUGCCUUGUGAUUCGAAGCUCAGUCCUAUGAAACCAUACACGAGUAACAUACAGAGCCCAACGCUGACGUCGUCGACAAGGUCGCCUCCAAACGGUCUGCUGACAGUUUCAGAUUAUUUGAAUCUGUCAUCGUACAACAAUACACUUCCCAAUUCGCUUGUGCAUUCCAGUAAUUAUAUACCAAAUUGUGAUAAUUUAGCAGCUUUACUAAGUGCAAGUAUGGAUGAAAACCUCAGGUCAUGGUCAAAUCAACAAACUCAUUCGUUUUCAUCUUCGCAGUUCAGUGAUCCCCUUCGUCUUUUAAAGUCAGAACUGAAACCUGAACUUUACGAUCCUGAUUCAGCAAACUUUGGCUUUACAGUUAGUGGAAGUGACUUUUACCCGAACUAUACGCAUUUCAACGACAGCGGCUUGUCUGGUUCCUUGUUGACUGGCAAUGCGGCGCCAUUCGCUCGCAUUCGAGAAUACAGUAACUCGUUUCCAGCUUCUGCCGUUACUACUAUGAGCAACGAGAAUUGUUCCCUGCCUCUGUGCCCUAUUCCAACGAGCAAAAGUUUUCAGAUGAACCUGAAUUACUAUGGAAACAUCACUUCCUUGUCCAAUCAGAGCGCCUAUUCAGUGCACCCUCCUCUGAAUGUUGUUAAACCGGACCCCGUCUUUGCAAACGGUCCGUCGGAGCUGCUUGUGAAACUGGCUCGAUCGCUGACUAACGAUGCCGAAUGGCAAAAUGACUUUAUAGAACAUGCGAAGAAGCUUCGUGUGGAACCAUUUGCCGUCAUCUGCCAUGCGAUUGACCACAGUUUGUUUCGCCAGGUGGACUGGGCAAAGAAUUGUCCUUAUUUUAAAGAGCUUAGCGUAAGUUGA